AAGCCCUCCAUAAGCUGAACCCCCUCCACGCGCUCUCACCAGCAACGCACCAAGGCGUUGACCUCAGAGCUUUAAUUCCCCAACCCCCACCACCUCCCAUCGCAGACUCGCAGAAGCAUCCAGCAAACAAGAGAAGAAGUCGAUCGGGAGCAGCACCGGCAGCCGCGGAAGGGGAGCGAAGAGACGACCGAGCGGCGGCAGCAUGGACCGGAACAUGACGGGGCUCUUGCUCGGGUGCGUGGGCGCCGCCAUGACGGUGCUGGCGUACCAGCAGACGGUGGUGUCCAGCACGCAGUGCAUCGGCGCCGGCCUCGCCGUCCUCGUCUGCGCUCUCUGCAUCAAGGAAGGCUUCUUCUCCUUCUGAUGCCCGCCGCCCGCGUAGCACUCAGUUUCUUUCGGCUUCAGUUUCCGUAUUCCUUUGCAGCUUAAUUCGUUUCCACCACUCGUGCUUUCAUAUAUGUAGCUCCUCCAGGUAGGAUCGUCUGAUCCGCAUAAUCAAAGUGGUUGUAUCUUGUAUUCUGUAAUUUCCUCCCUUUCCUUAUACAUAUAUAUAGUUCUUUGUC